AUGAAAUACGUAUCCACAUCUCUUAACGAAAAAUAUCUCAUGGAUUCACUCGUCAAAUCAAAGUUUUUUACAAGCAGUGCUCUAAUUCUUUUUACAUCCAUUUUAGUCUAUCAAUAUAUAACUUUCGGUCCUUUUGCUCCAUUACAAUGUCAACUAUUGAGAAUAGGAUGUCUUGAUACAGAAAUACAUGGAUAUGUAGCACCAGAAUUUAUUGAUGUAAAGAAAGCAUUUAUAAAAAAUUUUGAAAAUGGUUAUGAAAUUGGAUCAAGUGUUGCGGUUUACUAUGAUGGUAAUCUAGUGGUUGAUUUACAAGGUGGAUACGCUGAUCUUGAGGCAAAGCGUAAAUACGAUAACAAUACGCUACAACCUGUUUUUUCGUCUACUAAAGUCAUGAGUGCAAUCAUGAUAGCAUACCUGGUAGAUCGAGGAUUUCUUGAUUAUAACAAAAAAGUAUCCACAUAUUGGCCAGAAUUUGCUCAAGGAAAUAAAGAAAAUGUUACCCUUUUGGAUCUAGUGAAUCAUCGGGCUGGAUUAAGUUAUCUCAAUACAAAAGUUACAAAAUCUGAUUUAGAAGAUCUCGAUAAAUUCGCAAAAACACUUGCCUCUCAACCACAUUCGUUCAACGGAGUUUCUUCUCGUGCGUAUCAUGCAACAACUGUUGGAUGGUAUUUAAAUGAAAUUGUUCGUAGAGUUGAUCCUAAACAUCGCACUAUUGGAAAAAUUAUUUCUGAUGAAAUUUUAGAACAAUAUGAUUUAGAAUUUUAUUUAUUAUUACCACCAAAUUUUAUAUCUAGAGUCGCAAAACUUUACGAAAUUUCUAAAAUUAGAGGAAUUUUUGAUAUGUUUAAUGUGUUUUUUGAAUGGUGGAUUGGAAUGAUACCGAAUUCUUAUUUUUCAGAAUUUAAUGAUAAAGAAAGUGUGAUGUAUAAAACUUUUCAACCUUCAGGUCCUUUUAAAAUCUCCGAUUUUUCAGAUUUAGAGACUCUUACUGUAGAAUGGCCAAGUGUUAAUGGAAUUACAAACGCAAAAUCAAUGGCUAAAUUAGGUGCCAUAAUUGUAAAUAAUGGUCAACCUAUUAAUAGUGUUACUUAUAAGCCCCUUAUUUCAAAAUCUACAAUUGACCUCAUGUCCACUAAAUUACCAGAAACUUUUGAUCAUGUUCUUUAUAAAAAUAUUACACCUGCAUCCGGUGGAUUUGCUUACCUUAGAUAUCCAGGUAUUGAGGAUGUAGAAUUCAUAGGAUGGGGUGGAUAUGGUGGAAGUUCAUUUAUAUGGAAUCGGGAAUUAGGAAUCUCAUUUGGUUAUGCUAUGAACGGUUUAUUGCCUCCUAAGUAUGGUAAAACGGGUGAUUUGAGGUUAUGGAGUGUGUUAAAAGAAGUUGUAAAUGUUGCUAAGAAAUUAAAAAAAGAGCAAGCUUAA